UAGGUGUGAAAAUCGUUUGCAUUAGGUGGCUGAGAGCCCCUUGGAUGCAUGUUUAGAUGCUAUCAAUCAUCCAAUGUUUACUGUACCUCAUCGCUCGUCGCAAAAGAAAUGAACUCAUAGCAUAGGUCGAUAAUUGGAGCCGAAGUGCCAAACUAUACCCUUUCCAAUCCUGCACAAAUCAAACAGCAUCAAACGAAGAAGGGAAUCGAAGGCAAGUACGGAAGCUUCUACACUUCACGCGUAGUUCUACCACCGCGCCGUCUCCGUCAUUCGUCGAAGCUUCUGGAAGCCCAAUAACCCCACCGUCACGCUUCUAACAGGACACCUUCCUUCCCCCAUUUUCUAAUUGUCCUGAAGACACUCAGACACGAUUCGAAGAUUAAAAUAAUACUUUUUAACGUGCUAGAAAGAUCCACAAAGCCAAGCUCAGAUCUUCAUUUCUAUGUCAAAACCGCUUCAUUGGGAUUUAUAUUUAUUAGACAUGGUGGCAAGCAAACAAGCAAUUCCCAAGCAGGCAUUUGUAAAUUGCAAGUAAUUUUGUGUUCAACUUCUCUGUGAGACAAAACGCCGAACGGUUGGGACGCAACAACAAUGGCCGACGACGGUGUCGUUGCAGUCUACAACAACAACGCCAUCACAGAUGCCACCAAGAAGAAUCAAAUCCCAUUCUCCAUCAAAGUCGGAAUGGCCCAAAUUCUCAGAGGAGGUACAGUUUUCGAAGUCACCACCGCAGAACAAGCCAAGAUCGCAGAGGAAGCAGGUGCGUCUGCCAUUGUUAUCUUAGAACCACCGCCUUUUCAAGGAGCUGUUACUCGUAUGGCUGAUCCAUCUGUUAUUAAAGAAAUCAAAAGGGCUGUUUUAAUUCCUGUAAUGGCAAAAGCCCGUGUCGGCCAUUUCGUAGAAGCUCAAAUCCUCGAAACAACUGGGGUCGAUUACAUUGAUGAGAGCGAGGUCCUUAGCCCUGCAGAUGAGGAUCACCACAUCAAUAAGCACAAUUUCAGGGUACCCUUUGUCUGCGGAUGUCGUGGGCUUGGUACGGCUCUGAUGAGAGUUAGGGAAGGAGCUGCUUUGAUCAGGAUUGAAGGGGAUGUAUCUGGAUCGGGUAACAUUGCAGAAACUGUUCGUAAUGUGAGAUCUGUGAUGGGUGAUAUGAGGAUCCUCACCAACAUGGAUGAUGACGAGGUGUUCUCGUUUGCAAAGAAGAUCUUUGCUCCUUACGAUCUCGUAGCCCAAACAAAGCAACUGGGUAGGCUCCCUGUUGUGCACUUCGCCGCCGGUGGCAUUGUAACUCCUGCCGAUGCUGCGCUUAUGAUGCAAUUGGGAUGCGAUGGAGUGUUUGUGGGCUCUGAAAUUUUCAGUUCUCCUGAUCCUUACAAGAGUACUCGUGCUAUUGUUCAGGCUGUGAGGCACUACAAUGAUCCACUAGUCUUGGUUGAGGCUAGCUGUGGAUUGGUUGAUGCCAUGGCUGGACUUGAUCUUAGUGAGAACAGGGACGAACAGUAUGAAACUGAAGGUAUUUACUAAUUGCAGUUCCAUGACUGGACUUGAUCUUGUUGAGUACAAUAUUUUCUCUGUUCUGUGUGUCUUUUUCUCAUCUAAAUAGUUGUAAGCAUAAGUAACUUUGUUCUGCUUGCGAUUUGAUCAACUAGUUUGCUACAUUAAUUGAA